AGUAUAACUCAUUAUUAUUCAAUCUAACUUAGCUUCCAAAAAAGAUCCUUUGAAUUAUUGAAUAACACAUCUUCAUAUCAUGGGCGCUCUUGGAACAGUUGUAAGAAAUUUCUACACAAUAGCAGGGCCUGGAGUGAUGCUUCUUUAUCCCUUAUACGCAUCAAUAAGGGCGAUUGAGAGUCCUUCAACCUUAGAUGAUCAUCAAUGGCUAACUUACUGGGUUUUAUACUCCUUCGUCGAACUCUUUGAGCUUUCAUGUUAUAAUAUUCUAGCAUGGUUUCCCAUAUGGCCAUACAUGAAGCUUGUGUUUUGCAUUUGGCUGGUACUGCCAAUGUUCAAUGGUGCUGCUUUUAUAUAUGAGAAUUAUGUGAGGCAAUAUGUGAAGAUAGUAAGCUAUGGAAGUUACAAGGAUUCAGAUCAAGACAAGAGGAAGGACCUUCAAAUGUUGAGCAUUGAUGCAAAAAAAUCUGUUGAACGCUACAUAGAGAGAUAUGGUCCUGAUGCAUUUGAGAAAGUUGUCAAAGCUGUAUGCUAUCAACAACUCUAAUUAAGCUGAGAAAGAAGCGUGGAGGCACUGAAGAUUGAUUUAACCAAGUUGAUAUCUUAUUAGGAUUUUAUAAACGUUGUGUAAUCAUUGCUUUUGUUGCAUGUGUUAUUAUGCACAAAAAUAUUAUGUAAUCCUUAAUUAUACUUUGUUUAAAUUGCAACAAU